GUCAGCCGAUAGUUGUGCGAGCGUGCCCGCCGCGCUCGGUCACUCUUUCUCGGGAGUUGCUCCACGCAGCAACUCACGCGUAGCAUCACGCGCUUCCUCUCGCGGCAUUUCACGCGGCACCUCGCGCGCGUUCUACGUCUCUGGCCUGGUCUGGUCUCUGGCCGCAGACUUGUGUAGCACUGUGCUUACGCUAUAAGCCUUUUAUCCCUUUUACAAUAACUAAAUAUGUGUCCUAGCUUCGAGUAAAGUCAGCGAUGGAGAGGAAAAGGGCAUUUUAGUAAAGAGAUAAAGGGAGCGGUGCGCUAGCUUAGCUCGCUUCUGACUCUCGCCUUCCGACGCUUUCAAUAAGACGAUGCUGCGUCGCAAGAUGCGCCGCCUGAGCGCGGAGUCCGCUGACCCCUCGGCCUAUGACCUCGCCAGGAGCCGGCGCGCCUCGCUCAGCGCGGAGCAGCGCCGGCGCCUCAGCUUGCUGCGGGCGGCCAGCGCGCCGCUCCCGCCCGACCCGGCGCCGGUGAGCCACCUUUACCAUUCGCUCCCCUGCCCGCGACUCUGCUGCAGCCAGAAGUACGUGGUGAGCACGGACCGCAGUGGCGACAUCCACGUGCAUGUGCAGGGCGACUUGAGCCAACAGGACAAGAGAUGCGUUUUCCUCACAGUCCAUGAUUUGGGCACGAAUCACACGUCGCUGGUGGACUUCGUAAACUGCUCCGCGAUGGCCGAGAUUAAGGAACGCUCCUGCUUCAUCCACGUGGACGUGCCGGGCCACGAAGAGAACUCGCCCGACCUGCCCGAGUCGUACCCGUUCCCGUCUCUCCAGACGCUUGGCGAGGACCUGGUUACGGUGCUGGACUUUCUGCGGGUACGAUACGCAGUGGGGCUGGGCGAGGGCGCAGGCGCCAACGUGCUGGCGCGUUGCGGCCUGGCGCACCCGGCGCGCCUGUUGGGGCUCGUGCUCGUCAAUUGCACCGCAUCCACCUCCUCGGUGGCCGACGCGUUCCGCAGCCGCUUUUCGCGCUGGCGCGGCGCCGACAUAUCGCACUCGGAGGAGGACUUCCUAAUCUACCACAAGUUCGGACACGUGAGUUCUCUGCAAGAACCCCUUCACUAUCGCUACCAGCAAAUCCCAGGGGAGGGGGAGCGCGAGCGCACGCUGGCCGAGUACCGGUCGCGUCUGCGCGGCAAUCUCAACCCGCACAACCUCAAACAGUACGUGCGCGCCUUCAUCAACCGCAAGGACCUGGUGUUGCGCGGCUGCCGGCCUGACCUGCUGCUGGUGACAGGAACGCGCAGCCCUUACGCCGCCGUCGUCGAGAAGAUGUACCGCGACCUCGACAAGGAAAAAGUCACCAUCCUCAAGGUGGACAACGCGGGCGACGUGCUCGCCGAAGCCCCGGCGAAGGUGGCAGUGUCGCUGCUGCUGUUCUGCCAGGGCCAGGGCCUGCUGACCUCGCUGCCCCCGCCCGGCGUGCAGCGCCGCAUGUCGCGCAACAUCUCUAUGGAGGAGUACGACACGCCGAACAUCCGCCGGCUGUCACUGACGCCCGCCGCGCCUCCCGCGUCCUCCGCGUCCACCCACACAGCGCCGUAGCCGCUGGGCCCUGCCGCUCCUCGGACUACUAUUCGGUUUCACCUUUAUCAUACAAUAUCUUAUCAUGUCUCACCUUGGUGUCAUUUUCUGUCCCUUGCUGUGUUUUCCAAUAAAUCUGUCAAACCAACCAUGAUAAGGGCGCCACUCUCACCGGCCCCGAGUUUGGCGGAACUGUACAGUGCGGAUAGGAUAUUGUUUUAUUUUGGUAAGGGAUGCCUUUAAACUAAUUUAAGGGACAGUUUCACUUUGCACUGGAAGAAAGAAUGAAUGUUUGUGCCAGCGCCUGGCCCGGAGCCAGUUAAUUACACUCUUGUACUCAUAAAUAUAUUGCAUACGGCCUUCGUCGUCGCGUCACACAAAAGUGUAUGUCUGGAAAGCCAAAGUACAAAUGUAUAUAGUAAGUACAUUAUAUUUUGUACAUCUUAUUUUUUUGUAAAUUAUGUAAAAGUAAAGAAGCUUGUUGUCGUU